CUGUGCUGAAGAGUCUACUUGGCGUUAAGUCCACAUGUACAGGUGUGUCACCCGCUCAAACAGCUUAUCUCUCCUUCCCGGUCAAGACAGCAGCAGGAACACUCAAUGUUUUUGAUAACAAAUUGGAACAGAAUUAUCAGUAAAACACGACGACCAGCCCGAGAUUAACGUCAGGAGCCGCUUUCCCCAGACAUGCAAGAACGACAGGGUUUGCGAACGCAUACUGCGUAGAGACAUAACCUUGCUCUCUCGCUUACCUCCGAGGCUUGGGAAACGGGAAUUCGUGGGAUUAACCACUGUAGAAAUAGCUUAACUCAGCCUGACCUUGUUUCCUUGUCAGACGAUGGAUUUAGGGCUGAAAAACAUUCACGUCCUCGUAACAGGCGCAAGUGGAGGCAUCGGCCUUGAGACCGUCAAACUCUACCUGUCGCUCGGCGCAAAUGUGACUGCACAUUACAACUCUAAUUCUAAACCCAUCCAGACUCUCCAAAGUAUGUUCGAUGCGCUCUCGGAAACGCCGUUCGGCCCUGUGGCAGUAAUCGUGGUCAACCACGGCAUAUGGCCCUCCCAGGACGUACCCAUCGUCGAUAUGACCAUUGAACAAUGGGAUCACACCAUCAGCGCAAACCUCACCUCAAGCUUCCUGGUCUGCCGUGAGUUCUUGCGCCACAUGCGUGCAGCAAAAGAAAGCGUGAAAGACAGGGCUGCAAUUGUGCUCAUUGGGAGCACAGCAGGAAAAUAUGGCGAGGCGAACCAUGGCGAUUAUGCUACCAGCAAGAGUGCGAUGAUGUAUGGUUUGACGACGACACUCAAAAGCGAGAUUGUGAAGAUCGCACCGAGGGGACGCGUGAAUUGUAUUGCACCUGGAUGGGUUCCGACGCCAAUGGUACAAGAGGCACUGAAUGAUCCGGCUGUCAGCGGACCUGUAUUAGCUGCCACUCCGUUGAAAAAGUUUGCGACGCCUCUUGAUGUUGCAAACCAAAUAGCGGUACUGUCUUCAUCAGUGGUCUCAGGACAUGUUACUGGGCAGGUUGUCUUCGUAGAAGGCGGUUGUGUAGGAGACCUCUGAGUUAGUCACGAGUGAGUGCUUUGACUCGAAAAUGCAGGAUUUGUGGCUCGGUAUAAUACUGCACUCGGAACAGUUUCGGGAAUUUCAUUUUCACCGCGCGAAUCUUGCCCAGAGGUCGCACUAAUUAUUUAUAGUGUGGAUAUGAGUAUUUCCAGCCUCGUGAAAUACGUCGAGUAGCUUUACACAGAGACCAGACCUUGGGACCUUUCGAACGGAGAGAGUGUAUGCAGGAUGUUAAUUAAUUAAUACUUAAGCAUCAA